ACUCGUGGGCCUUGCUGGCGUGCCAUCCUCCGCAGGAUCGAACACCACGCACCAUCACAGCCGUCGCACGUGCUCUCUCCACUCCGCCACGCUUUCCUCGCGUAUCACGGCGGCGCCGGCGGCGGGAGGCAAGCGGAGACGGAAGCCGCUCCGCGUUUCUUCCUCGCAAGCCGCAACCACUGUCUGAGCUGCUAUUCUUCUCGUCUCCGACCCCACCUCCGCUGCGCCCGCGGCUUGGAUUGCACUCUCACUUUGCGUAUACUUGAGGCCGGGAGGGCUGUGUGGUUUGGCUGCUAAGGUUCUGGAGGGCGGAGGGCAUGGCGGCGGCGGCGGCCGGAGCGGGAGAGGGCGAGGAGCUCCUCGUCCGCACCAUCGAGGAAGGGGGCGGGCUGUGCGUGGGUGAGCGGUCCUGGCGGCUCAACUUCGACGGCCUCCGACGCCAGGAGGCGGAGCAGCAGAGGCCGUCGCGCAGCCUCCAUGACUGCCUCGGCAUGCUAGCUCAACGCCCUGGAGACGUUCUGGCUGAAUACUACAACCAACAAUUGGAGAUGCUGGAAGGUUUCAGUGAAAUGGAUACACUCACAGACCGUGGCUGCCUUCCUGGACUAUCCAAGGAAGAACGUGAGAAGAUUGCUCGCAGUGAAACAUUAGCCAUCCGAUUAUCUAACAUAGCAAAUAUGGUUCUUUUUGCUGCAAAAGUUUAUGCCUCGCUAAGGAGUGGCUCCCUAGCUAUUAUUGCUUCAACACUGGAUUCUCUACUUGACUUGCUAUCCGGGUUUAUUUUAUGGUUUACUGCGUUCUCAAUGCAAACACCAAACCCAUACAGGUACCCAAUUGGUAAAAGGCGCAUGCAACCUUUGGGAAUACUUGUUUUUGCUUCUGUUAUGGCAACACUCGGUCUUCAAAUUAUCCUAGAAUCUACACGCUCAUUGAUAUCUGAUGGAGGUGAAUUCCGCUUGACAAAAGAACAGGUUAUGUGGGUUGUUGAUAUCAUGCUCGCGGUGACAUUGGUGAAGCUUCUGCUGGUUAUAUAUUGCCGCUCAUUCACCAAUGAAAUUGUGAAGGCAUACGCACAGGAUCACUUUUUUGAUGUUAUCACCAACAUUAUUGGCCUUGUGGCCGCACUUCUUGCUAACUAUUUUGAAGGCUGGAUUGACCCAGUUGGAGCUAUCAUCCUAGCGAUCUACACGAUCAGGACAUGGUCUAUGACGGUGCUAGAGAACGUCCAUUCACUGGUCGGCCAGUCGGCCUCACCGGAGUUUCUCCAGAAGCUCACCUACCUGUGCUGGAACCAUCACAAGGCUGUGAGGCACAUCGACACGGUGCGGGCGUACACGUUCGGCUCCCACUACUUCGUGGAGGUGGACAUUGUUCUGCCGUGCGACAUGCCCCUGCAGGAGGCGCAUGACAUCGGCGAGGCCCUGCAGGAGAAGCUGGAGAGCCUGCCCGAAAUCGAGCGCGCCUUUGUCCACCUCGACUACGAGUUCACCCACCAGCCCGAGCACGCUCGGUCCUACGACACAUAAUAUAGCCUGAAGGCCCUGGUGCUGUUCGUGGAGCUUAAGAGAGUGCCUGUGCGGAACUGCUGAAGGUAUCGAAGUAAGCCCAGAUUCAGAAAUCUGGAUGUUGCCUGCUGUGCUUCUGUCUUUCUGUGGUUGGCUACUGGAUAAUGGGGCCCAGGCACUGCAUGAAUUACGAUUCUUAACCUGUUACAAACUUACAAUACAUGUAUAUGAUGAAGUGUCUUUUUUUUUCUUGCCUUGGCUACGGCGGGCUUAUGCCAGCAUGAACCUUUUUAUAAAUCUCUGAACGUGUAAGUACAUGAAGUGUCUCACUCCUC